ACGGCACAAUCCGGAAAUCUCUAAGACCAAAAAUGGCGUUUCUCGUGUAGCUUAUUGCCACACCGAAGAAAUUCUGGCAUUGUCAACAAAAUAAGCAGACUCUGUCUAGAAGAGAAUCGCGUAAAUCGAAGGGCAGAUUUCGAGGAUUAAUUUUCAUGAAAUUUCGUGUCCAAGAGGCCCCUUUAGAAAACGAUCGACGUAAAUAUCAGUUCACAUGCCAAACAUUCUUACAUCUCUGAUUAUAAAGGAACGAAAAUGGAGAUGACCGAACAAUUACGACCCGAAGAGUUAGUGGGUUUGGUGGCCCGAUCCGCGGAGGGUACGGCAGCCAAAGGGAUGCCUAUCAAAGGACACGAAGAUCUAUGGGUAGAGAUUCAAGCGAACACCUUUAGGAAUUGGGUGAACGAACACCUAAAGCACGCCUCGGAUGUCGCCGAUGGUCCUGUGAUUGAUCUCGCCGAGGAUUUUCGGGAUGGUACUCGACUUUGCGCUUUGGUCGAGGUACUCACUAAACGGCGUUUACCCCGAUGGAACCCUAGACCGGCUAAUCAACACCACCAUUUGGAAAAUGUAUCCACCGCUCUUCAGGCCAUCGAGGCUGAUGGUGUAAAACUUGUUAAUAUCGGUAACGUGGAUAUCGUCAAUGGAAAUCUAAAAUUGAUUCUCGGUCUAAUAUGGUCGCUCAUUGUAAGGUACCAAAUAGGCAAGUCCAAGUUCCCUCCAAGGAAACUCAUGCUCGCAUGGCUCAAGGCUGUUUUACCGGAAUGUAGAGUAAACAAUUUUACGACAGACUGGAACUCUGGCGUAUAUCUGAGCGCGUUGCUCGAUUAUUGUCAACCAGGUCUAUUCCCGCACUGGCGUCAACUCGAUUAUAACGACAGUGUAUACAAUUGCCGAAAGGCUAUGGAGAUUUCAAAACGCGAAUUCGACAUACCUAUGGUAUUGGAACCAGAGUACCUUGCGUCUCCUUAUUUGGACGAACUAUCGGGAAUGACCUACUUAUCGUACUUCAUGAAAGAAGGUUCACCAGGUUUUCACGCGACUUUACAAUGGGUUAACUCGCAAUUACCUCACCACCCAGUACAAAACUUUACGACCGAUUGGAACGAUGGCAGAGUUUUGUGUAGUAUCGUCAGGAAUUUAGGCGGACCAGCUCCAGCCUACGAUAAAAUCAAUACAGAUCCUUCUGUAUGGGAACACAAUAUACAAAUGGGUAUCGAUGGAGGGAAGAAACUAGGCGUGGAGCCGAUUCUGAAGGCGAAAGACAUGGCUGAUCAGAACGUAGAGCAUUUAGGCGUUAUGGCAUAUGCGGCAUAUUUUCAAUGGGUUAAGCCUCGCCCUCAAGCGAGCAAACAAAUUGUUGUACACAUAGACAGCACUUCCGCUAGAGUACAACAGCCGGCGCACUUCAAAUUGGAAAUUCUUACUAAAGAAGUGAAUACAAGGGAAGUACGUGGUGAAGUAAUAAGUCCUAGCGGACGAGUAGAAUGUAGGCUUACUUGGAAUGGAGUUCAUGGAAAAGGUACCUUCGUACCUACAGAAGUCGGGAUGCACAAGCUAAUGGUAUAUAACGACGGGGAAUUAGUAGACGGAUGUCCCUAUUAUUUUAGAGUUUUACCUCCUUUGACCAAAAUAAAAUCACCUGGUAUGGAUCCGUGCGCUAUAGGAUCUAUCGUCGAAGUUCUAGUCAAUAGUUACGGAACUAGUCAUGAUGGCAUUGAUGUGACUGCAUGGUCUCCAACUGGAAGAUCUUUGUCCUGUCCAGUUAAAGAAAACGAUGGUGUACAUACCGCCACUUUUCAACCUGACGAAACAGGAGAGUGGAGUAUCGCGAUAACUCACAAAGGAAACCAUAUACAAGGCGGUCCUUUUACCUGCUUUGUAUUCGAUCCUAAUGGAAUAAAGUUAUUGGACACGGAUGGUGCUAUGCCCGGUCAGCCGUUUUCUUUCAUCGUCGAUGCGACAGGAACCGGAGGUCUCGGCGACGUUAUAAUAGAUUUAGUUCACGAUAAGCAGUCAGUACCUUUCAGAAUAGAAGAUUUCGGACACAUGCAAUAUCGAGUAUCCUUCGUACCAUCUGAUUCCGGAAAGUAUAGGGUUUACCUAUACUUCAAUGGCUCCGAUGUUCGAGGCUCCCCAUUUUCCAUUCGUGUGGGAACUCAAAAGGGAUCGAGAAGAUCAAAGGAAUCAACGUCUAGCCUCGAUAGAACGAAAUUGUCUUCGUUGGAAAGACGAAUGAACGGUCUAAAUGUUUCGAUAGAGACAGACCGGUCCAGUCCUGUUCAAAAACCUUACUCUUCGCCCACGUAUAAAUUAUCAAGCCCUACCCAACACGUACGCGAUUAUUCUCCCGUACGUCAGACUGCUCCAGUAUACAAGACGUCGAAUAAUUACACGGUAGAAAAUUCUAAUUCAACGUAUCAUACGUCGACUUCGUUUAAUCAAACUCGAUCUCCGAAUCAAGGCCACAGCCCUGUUUCGCGAAAUCUUCACAGUCCAUCGCUGGUGAAGGAAACGAAAGAAACAUAUUCCAGUACUACGUACAAUCAAUCGAGAUCACCGACCGUACAAAGUCCAAGCUUUUCGAGGGAAUCAAAAGACGGUUACACGUCGAAUACGAUAAAUAGAUCUCGUUCUCCGAAUCCAAGCCCAACUGCCCAUGGCUCGAGAUACUCUCCGAUCAUUAAAGAAUCUCGGGAGAUUUAUAGCUCGGGAUCAUUGAAGAGAUCUCGAUCACCGACUCAAAGCCCGAUGGCAUAUCGCAGCGGAACGCAAAGUCCUGUUAAUCGAAGCUUCAGUCCAAGAAGCAACGACAGUUUUAACAGAAAAAUUUCGAUGGAUAAUGGAACCGUCGACACGAGCAGUAACGUUAGAGUGUCGUCGAUGGUUGGCGGUACCUCCAGACGAGAUUCAUGGGAUGCCAUAGAAAAGACAAAAUCAUUAUUAUCUUAUGGUAGUUUGGAAUCGCUCGCGAAUCUGGCUAAUAGUUCAGCCACUUUCGAAGACACGAAUACCUCCAGUUUUUUCAAUAACAAUUGCAAGAAUGCACAGAAUUAUAGCUCGAAAAAUAUGUCGCAUACACACCACAGUUCUUCCAGUUAUGUUUCCAGUCAGAAACUUUCAACUUCCGAUUACACCGCGUCUCAGAAGUUUAAUAAUGAAAACCAUAAUGCUCGAGCACAGACACAUGGAAUCCUUAAGAAUAAAAAUAAUAAUUAUUACAAAGGUGUCGAUACGACCGAUGGAACUAACGAGCGAUAUCUCAAUAAUGGAGUUUCUAAUUAUUCGUCAACGCAAGGAAAAGCUUCUGAACUUGUAACUGGAAAUGCACUGGAAAUGUUACCGCUACACAGACCGACUACUUUUACCAUUGAUUCAAAUGUAGAUCAAAAUAAAGUUACCGUCACUGUUUCUGGUCCGAAUGGCAAAACGAUCCCUGUACAAAAGUCAACUCUCAGAGGUUUAACGUAUACGAUAACUGCAGAAGAAGUUGGGGAACAUAUCAUUCAGAUUCUAAUAAACGGUCAACAUAUUCAAGGCUCUCCAUUCAGAUCACAAGCGUACAAUGCUCGUGCUAUCCAAAUUGGGAACAUUCCGAAUGGCGUUGUUAAUCAACCAGUAGAAUUUGAAAUUGACGGAUCUAAAGCCGGAUCUGGAAAUUUAGAAAUUCUCGUAAAUGGUGGUCACGUAACUAGCUUUGUCAGGGCUUUGGGUAGCCAACGAUUUCUGGCAUCGUUCGUACCCCACGAAGCUGUUGUACACCUUGUAGAAAUGACGUUCAACGGUGAAGUUGUACCCGGGUCACCGUGGCGUGUGGGCAUCAUGCCAGCCCCAAAAAUGUCAGUGAUUGGGGAUUCCAUAAGGUUGGUCCCUGCCGGUAGUCCUGCACUCUUUGAACUUUCUGCUCUUGGCUUUAAUAGUAAUGAAAUUGAUGUACAAAUUAUAACUCCUUCUAAAAGACAUAUACCAGCAAAGAUUACAGAAGAGCCAGGACGUCCUGGAGAGUUUCGUGUUGAAUUCACUCCAGUGGAUGUAGGCAGCCACCUUGUGGAAGUAACCAUCGCGGGACAGAAGCUACCGGCAGGUCCUCUUGUUGCCAAGGUGUACAACAGCAGUUUAAUUCAAGUUACUGACAUACCCAGUGCUGUUGUAGGACAUGCCUGCCAAUUCAGAGUUGAUGCUAGUGCUGCUGGCGAAGGGCAGCUUGAAAUUUCAAUAAAUGAAGGAGAAGUACCAAAUCAUGUUCAAGUGGUAGGAGGAGGCUGUUGUCUUGUAUCUUUUACACCUGAAAUUGCCAAACCACACUACAUUGAUAUAAAAUUCAAUGGAGAAGCAGUGAAAGGAUGCCCUUUCAUUUGUAAUGUAUCCGACACAAGUAGAGUAACAUUAAGUUUAAAUCAUCUGGAAUUAAUUCCAGUAGAUCAGCCUGCUAGUUUUCAUAUGGGGGUUGAUGGUAGUGGCAGUGCAGAACUUGCAGUUUCUGUAAGAGGGCCAAAUAGUGAAUUACCUGUUAAAGUAACCGGAGAUAUAAAAAGUGGUUUCACGGCAGAAUUUAUCCCAAAAGACGUUGGCGUUCAUUCAAUUAGCGUCGAGUAUAAUGGCCAUCCUGUAAAUGGCACACCGUUUUUAGCUAAAGCGUUUAAUGCGGAUAAAGUACUAAUAGGCCCUGUUGCUAGAGGAAGUGUUGGUCAGCCGACGCAUUUCACCGUUGACGCGAGUCAAGCUGGUGAAGGAAAUUUAGAAAUUACGAUAUCGGCUCGAAGUCAGAACAUACCAACACAAGUCACACCACAGGGAAAUGCUCGAUUUUCAGUUAGCUUCGUACCAUUUGAAGCGUGUGAACAUAUAAUUAAUAUAGCCUUCAACAAACGAACCGUACCAGGCUGCCCGAUUGUAACUCGGGUAGGUGGUGAUAGUCAUGUAACUGUGAGUGGGCAGGCAUUAAACAGUGCUGGGUUAGGGCGACAAAGUUAUCUUACCGUCAGUAAUGUUGCCGGUAGCUUGGAAGAUUUAGAAGUUAAUGUUGAAGGACCCAACGGACAGGCCGUACCAGCUCAAGUCACUGACAACAAAGACACAACAUGCAGCGUAGCAUUUACACCGAGAGUAGUUGGAGAGCACAGAAUUUCGGUAAGCCAUCGGAAUGUUCCUGUGAUUGGUAGUCCAUUUAGCUGCAAAGUGUAUGACGUGACUGCUAUCAAAGUAAAGGAUGCUAAAUAUGGUGUUAUUGGAAUGCCUGUAACUUUCUUAGUUGAAACUAGUCAGGCUGGACCGGGAAACUUAGAGGUAACGGUAAAUGGUGGCCGUGUACCCACGUCUGCUCAAGCACAAGGACCACACACGUAUGCGAUAUCAUUCACGCCUAGGGAGCCAAUUAUACAUACCGUAGACUUGAGAUUUAACGGAGAAGAUGUACCUGGUAGCCCUUUUAGCUGUCAGGUGAGCGACACAGCAAAAGUAAUAAUAACCGAAGGGCUUGAAAAGGUAUCUGUAAAUCGUUUGACGACAUUUACGAUAGAAGCAGAUACUUCCUUAGGGGUACCGACUGUAGAAGUUCUUUCGCCUACAAGAGAAAGUUUACUGGUUCAUGUUAAACAAAAUGGGCACGGAUCUUAUAACGCAGGUUUCACACCAAAAGAUGUUGGUGACCAUAGUGUUGAAGUGAAAUUAAAUGGAUCGCACGUCGAAGGUAGUCCUUUCUUAGUAAAAGCUUAUAAUGCAGAUAAAGUAAAAGUAACAGACAUAAACAGCGGUGUUGUCGGGAAACCGGUCUUCUUUAGCAUUAAUGCUAGCCAAGCAGGUGCUGGUAAUCUUGAGAUCAUUGUUGCGGUGAAUGGUAAAAAUGUACCGAAUUAUGUACAAAGCGAAGGAAAUGCAAAAUUUAGAGUUAAUUUUAAGCCACAGGAAGCUGCUGUACACAGUCUUAGCGUUCGUUUCAACGGGGAACCUGUGCCGGGUUCACCAUUCAGUUGUAAAGUAGUCGGCGCGGGUCAAGCCAUAAUCACAGGGCACAAUUUAAAAAUGGGAGCUGUAAAGCAAUUGAUAUCGUUCAUCGUAGAUCCACAAUCUCCCUUAGCAAAUUGCGAUGUAAUUGUAACACCUUCGUCAAAUAUAUCUCUUCCCAUAACGAUAGAACCUGUGGAAGGAAAAUAUAAUAUUAGUUUCGUACCGAUAGAAGUAGGCAGACAUAACAUUAGUAUAUUAGUAGAUGGUGAACACGUGAAAGGAUCCCCGUUUGCUUGUAAUAUUUACGACGUUACAAAGGUACACGUAUCGGGUCUUACGGAGGCAUUAUUGGGCCAAGCGACAACAUUUACAGUUGAUGCUGCUGAAGCUGGCGAAGGUACAUUGGAAUUAGUAGUCAGCACGGAAAAUAAUACAGUUAAAGCUGAAGUAGUUGCCUGUGCUCGUGGAUUAUAUGAUGUCACGUUUGUUCCCCAAACUACUAGCACUCACUACGUUAAUAUCAGUUUUAACGAUGAUAAUGUACCAGGAAGUCCGUUUAAAUGCCCAGUAGUUAGUACUAUGUUAGACGGACCAUCUAUGAUCCGAGUCGGCAAUACAGCAUACAUGGACUUGGAAAUGCCAGGUUUAGAGGGACCCGUAUCUGCUGAAGUAACAGGCCCCGAUGGUAUUAUUAUUCCAUGCACGUUGACGAAAUUGUCAUCCAAUUUGUAUCGAGUAGAAAUUCGAACGCGACAAGUUGGAACUUACAGUGUAAUAUUUAAUGAUGGGCACAAGAUGAUUAGUUCUCAAACGCUUCAAGCUUUCGAUCCAGGGAAAGUAACCAUCAAAGAAGUGUCUGAUGUAGUUUGCCAUCGACCUGGCACUAUCAUAGUGGUUGCACCAAAAGAAGCUGGGCCUGGAAAAUUGACUGUAAAUGUACGCGCCGCCGGAUCCGAUGUCGAUAGUGUAGUUAGAGAAGGAGAAAAUGGUCUUUAUGAAAUAAUUUUCCAUCCUACACGAGCAGCUCCUCAUAGAGUCCAUAUAAAAUAUAACGAAGUUCACAUAUCGGGAAGUCCUUUAGAUGUAACAGUUCGUAGUCCUACAGGAGGAAGAGAAGUAACAGCGACAGGAUUAGGGCUGUACCAAUCGUGUGUCGGAAAAGUAACUUCUUUUACCAUUGAAACAUUAGGCCGACCUGGAAAAGAAUUUGACGUUGUAAUUAGUGGACCGCAAGGCAAUGCAGUUCCAGUUCGAUGCUAUCAGCAUCGAGAUGGAAAUUUGCUUGCUGAAUUUACGACAAAUACUGUCGGGACAUACAAAAUCGAUGUUUUGCAAGGUGCGAAGCCAGUGUUGGGUUCACCUUUUUUCUGUCAGGCUUUCGAUGUUUCUAAAGUAAAAUUGCAGGAGCUUGGCCCAAUGACAGUGUCCGUGCACGAUCAUAUCGCAUUUAAAAUAAUAAAGACGGACGCUGGAAUGGCGGACUUGGACGUAGUGGCAACAAGCCCGUUAGGUCAGGAACUUCCAUUACAAGUUACUCCACUUAACGAUGGUGGUGAAAUGAUUGAGUUUUCUCCUAGUGUACCUGGAACUUACAUGAUUAACAUCACAUACGGAGGAUGUCAUAUUCCUGAUAGCCCGGUAAUGUGCACAGUUGAUGCAGCUGGACAAGCUCGCGCGAAAGGAGAAGGAUUAUUAAGCGGUCAUGUAGAUAAAGCAGCGCAUUUCAUCGUUACUGGUACAAGAAGUCCUCCAGCAGUUCAGGUUGAUGGUCCGGAUACUGUAUCGAAAGCGAUUAUCGAAGCUGGAGCUAAUCCUGGUACUUGGAAUGUAUCUUACAUUCCAACCGAAGUUGGAGUUUUUGAUAUCAGAGUUGUGUCUGCUGGUCAACAGCUUCCUGGAUCUCCGUGGCAUCCAAAAAUCAUCGAUACACGAAACCUUCGCGUAAUCGGUGGUUGGUCAGCUGUAUGCGAUGAUCUAGGAAGAUUGAAGUUACAUCCUUCGAACAAGAUCAGUUUCGAUACCGCUGAAGCAGGACCUGGCGAACUCAGUGGGAAAAUAGGAGAUCAUGCGUUAUCUUUUGAAAUGACGUCAAAUAAUAGACUGAAGCUCAUUCCGCCGCAAUUAAGUGGUGGGGAGUACCGUUUAGAAAUAUUAUUCAAUGGAGUACCGUUUCCAGGAGCCCCAAAAUUAGCAAUCGUUCAAGAUCUAGAGCCACCUAUGCAAGAUACGAGUCGAGUUUUACUGAGAGGAAGAGGAUUGACAUCAGCUAAAUGUGGAGAAGAAGUCAGCUUCACAAUAGACGGCUCUCAGGCCGGCAGUGGAACACCAAAAGUACAACUUUUUUCACCAACCAAUGAACUUAAUGUAAUGUUACAACAUUUAGGAGACAGCGUUUACCGAGCAAGUUACAUACCAUUAACACCUGAUCCUCUUUUAAUGACCGUGUCUUGGAAUGGGAGACAACUGAAAGGAUGUCCUUUGCAAAUAAAUGUAACGAGCGCGGCUGAUGCGUCGCGUGUUAUUUGCUCCGGUGAUGGAUUGAAACACGGUAUAGUUGGACAGGAAAUAAGAAGUUUCAUCGAUACAAGACGCGCGGGGCCUGGUGAAUUAACGGCACACUGUGUGGGACCACAUAAAGUGGCUUACUGUGAAUUAUACGAUCACGGCGAUGCAACGUUCACGUUGAACGUAAAGCCUCAAGAGGCUGGACGUCAUGCAUUAACCAUUAAAUAUGCCGGAGAACAUGUUCCGGGUUCUCCUUUUACGUUACGCGUUUCCGGAGCUCCUGAUGCUUCAAAGGUUCGAGUCUAUGGACCAGGAAUUGAACACGGAGUAUUAGCAACAUUUCAAUCACGAUUUAUUUGCGAUACACGAGGAGCUGGUGCCGGUCAGCUAACGGUAAGAGUUCGCGGUCCUAAAGGAGCGUUCAGAGUUGAAAUGCAAAGAGAAACACAAAAGGAUCGUAUAAUACUUUGUCGAUACGAUCCAACGGAACCAGGCGACUAUAGGGUCGAAGUUCGUUGGGCGGGUGUCCUCGUACCGGGUUCUCCAUUUCCCGUUAAAAUCGUGGACACACAGGACGAAUUAUUAAUGUUAACACAGAGCGGAGACAAUUACUCAACAGGACACCAUACCAUCGCGUCAUGGCGUGGAUCGCAAGCUAUAUUAUAAGGUUACUGCGCAUAAAGUUGUUAUUAUUUUGUAUGAACUAAUAAUAUAUUUUCAUAAUAUAUAAUUCUAUUGUAACUUAUCUAAAUGUUUACAAUAAAAUGUAUUUUGACAAU